CGAUCCCAAUUCCCGACUUCACCGCAGACUCUUUUUGGUUUGCCGCGGCCUGGUCAUGUAUUGUCAUUACCGUACCAUUACCUCUUCUAUAUAGCCAAAUCGCUAUAAAUACGGUAUUAACGCAGUAAAUACAUACAUACAUCUCCAACCUCAAACCUCCCCGCAACCAAAAACAGCUUCACCGCGAGCAAAAGCGAUGGCACUUCGCAACGGCUUCCGGGAUGUCUUCGCGAUCGGGACAGACGAAGGGUAAGUACCAGGAAAAGACAGUCGUAUAAAGAUGUGAGGGUGCGCAUUUUUCUGUGCGCUGUUUUGUUCAGUUCAGUUCUAUUCUUUUGAAAUUCGCCAAGCAUACUCCGGUGUCUAGUCAGUUCGCAAGAUGCAUAUCCUGGUCGUUAACGACGAUGGGCCCCCAUCAGCACGCCUCUCCCCCUACAUUCACCCCUUCGUCUCCGCCCUCCAAGCCUCCGGCCACUCCGUCUCCGUCGCAAUCCCAGCAGCCUCGCGCUCCUGGAUUGGUAAAGCGCACUUGAUCGAAGCCUCCCUCGAAGCAACCUACGUCCCUCCCUCCGCCUUCCGCAACGAUGGUACCUGGGACGACACCCCCGAGUCGUCCAACGAGACCGAAUGGGUGGUGAUCAAAAACGGCACACCAGCCAGCUGCGUCCAACUAGGCCUCUUCAACCUCUUCCCCGACGAGCGCGGGCCCAUCGACCUUGUCAUUUCGGGCCCGAACCAUGGCCGGAAUGCGUCGACGAUUUAUAACCUUUCUUCCGGGACAGUCGGUGGUGCGCUGGAGGCUGCGAACUGCGGGAAGCGCGGGAUUGCGAUCUCCUUUGGGAGUAAGGAUCCGCAGCCAUCUGAGACAAUUGAGGCUGCUGCGCGGUUGGGGGUGCGUGUUGUUGACCAUCUUGUUCGGAAUUGGGAUGGGAGGGUUGAGUUGUACAACUUGAAUAUCCCGAUGCGCGAGGAUGUGGAGGAGAGGCCGGUGCGGUAUACGCGCGCUUUGCCGUAUUAUUGGGAGAAGGGGUGUCUGUAUAAGGAGAUUCCGGGGGGUGAGGAGGGUGUUAAUGGGACGGGGCAUGAUGUUGAGGCUGAGACCGAGACUAGGAAGGUUGUUAAUGGGACUACUACUGGGGGAUCGGGGUCGCUGAAGCAGCGGAGCUUCAAGUGGGCGGCUGAGUUGUCGGAUAUGAAGAAGGCUUUGCAGGCUAGUGAGGAGGGGACGGAUGCGCAUACUGUUUUGGAUGGGUGUACUAGUGUGACUCCCCUUCUGGCGAACUUCUGGCAUGUCCCCGGUCUUGAGGGACAGUUGAAUAUUGACGCUUGAUUGUGGACGCGUUGAUGGACUGCUUGCUUGACAAAAGUCGAUUGUAGAUACCCGCAAAGGUUGUCCUUUGCAUGUUCACUGCAUACUAAAACGAGGCUAAAAGUAUGGAGCAUGAUUAAUGAAAUUGCAUUAUUGCAUUACCUAGCAA